CGGACACUUUAAUUGGCUAAAACUACUCCCCCGCUGAACUUUUGUCACUUGCUAUUUGCUCCUGCUGAUAUCCGUCACGCGGCUUCCUGCUUCACGAUGCGGUUUGUUAUUGAAGCGCAGCUCCUUUAAAUGUGAGGGGAACAGUCGGAGUUGAUGAAGUUGGAAAAUGAAGGAUUUAAGUCCUCUGCGAACCGGCUACAUAACGUUGUAAAGACACGCGUAAGAUGUCAGGGGCCCUCGAGCAAACCAGGAAGCGCCGUCCCCCCAAAAUGUUCUUGAUCUCGAGAGACAUGAACGUCCAGGACGAGCUGGAAGGUACCAUUCGUCUGCUGCGGGGGUACAUAUGCCUGGAGCAAGAUUCGGGCAAGAACAGAGGUGACUCCCCUUGGGUCAAGGUGUUAGACAAUGGCAUCAUGUUAAAAAUAGAAAGGAAGUUCCUGCUUGAAGUCCCGACUGACCUUAACGGCCUAUUGGAGCCUGUAUCUGACCCGGAGGCUCGCCUAAGACUUCUAAACAAUCCAGGGAAGCUGCAGCAUUUUGCUACCUUGCCUGUCGAUUAUCCGUUGUGGGUCGAAGUAGGCCAACGUGAAGAGCUUGCGGAGGCAGAUCUUAAAUACAUUGGACCGCUCACCAGAGGGAGCAGCGCUGUGCUAUUUGGGGUACAGCUCAAGGGUUCAGCAGUAGGUAGAGGAACGGGCAACGGUUCCUUUAAGGGCCACCGUCUCUUCACCUGCCCCGAAGCCUGCGCCCUCUUCGUCCCGGUCAGCCACAUCAGGCUCCGCCACUGGUCUAGCGACCAGGACUCUGACGCAAACGAGCGACACCGGGAGCGAGUCCACCGUAGCAACGGGCAUCAGAGCAACAAUGACCGCCAUCCUCAUCAGCAGCAGCACAGUCGUCACAUUAGUUUCCACCAGCAUCGUCCCAGCAGCCCUCCUCAGCCGCACGCUUCGGGCAUCGUCCCUCGGACAGCGGAGUCAGCGGCCCUCACAGCUAAAAACCAGGUCCAGGUCCAAGGCCCUGCGUCGCCGCCACCGUUCCACGUUGGCCAGCGGGUGUGUUUUCCCCUGGAAGACAACGUCUACGGGGGGGAGGUGCGCUUCUGUGGUCUCUUACCCGGCCGGUCCUCGUCAGGGAUGUACGUCGGAGUCCUGCUGGACGCUCCUGUUGGUAACUGGGACGGGCUCUGUAAGGGAGAGAAGCUCUGCCACAUUCCCUCCCCUCUCUAUGGACUACUUCUGCCAAUCACCAAGGUUUCCUCAGAGACGAAAUUCAACAGUCACAACCCUCCACACCAAGUUACCAAAUCCAUCCUGAAGCCAGCACUGCCCCCCGUCACUAAACAAGGCCCUAUGUCCCCAUCUACUUCUGCUCCCAAGGUUGCCCUGAUGCCCCCCAGCAAACAAGCACUUAAACCUCCACCCCAGCCGCCACCCAAGCCCACCCAAAUGGCCCUGUCUCAUCCCCCUCUUCCACCUCCCAUACCCCGCAGCCCUACUUCGCCGACCGCCACCGACCACCUGCAGCACCUUAACAACAUAUCCGACCCACCCAACGGUGUAGCUGUAGAGGAGAAGGGGGAAGCAGGACCGGAGGGUGAGCUGGAGGUGGGGUCAAUGGUUGAAGUGAACGACCCGCCUCUUUUUGGGGUCAUUCACUGGAUUGGACGGAUCAGUGGGAUUUCAGAGCCAGUAGCAGGAAUUGAGCUGGACCAGGAGCUGUCUGCAGGUACAGAUGGCAGUUACCUCGGUGAACGUCACUUCCGUUGCCCGGCCAACAAGGGGCUGUUUGUCAAGCUUCGCAACUGCAGACGGGACUCCAGGUUUCCCGCCCCUGAGGCACCCGUCAAUCAAGUGGAGCGAUGCAACUCUAUAGCCUUUGCAGAGUGGGGCAGUGAGCGUGUGGAGGAUAACACUCCUCCUGUGGACGGGGACGAGGCCAGUGAGCUCUACCAGGGCUGGAAGAGAGGCAUCCAGGGUCACCUCAACUCCUGCUACCUGGACGCUACUCUGUUCAGUCUGUUCUCCUGCUGCAGUUCAGCAGACUGGGUGUUGUUUUGGCCCUCUGACCCAGAAACUGACAAAGACUCCAGUCAGGCCCAGGACCUGCUGCGUUGUGAGAUAGUCAACCCCCUGCGAAGGAAUGGCUAUGUGUGUGCCAGUAAGACCAUGGCCUUAAGACGACUUCUGGAGGCUGCAAAUAGAGACACAGGUUUCACCAACCAGGAGAAAGAUCCGGAAGAGUUCCUCAACAAGCUUUUCCAGCUCCUCCGAGUCGAGCCGCUCCUCAAGAUCAGAUCGAUGACUCAUCGGCCUCAGGAGUGUCACCUCUACCAACUCUUCCCGCCUACACUUCCUCCCUCCUCGCCGUCAACCGUCUCGCCAGUUGACUCCCCCAUCCCUCUCACCUCGCCAUCGCCCAGUCGGAUGAGGGUCGCCAGCGUCCAGCAGCUGCUGGAGUCCUCCUUCCUCCACGCCGGCCUCAAGUUUGUCGAGACUCCCUCCUGCCUCUUACUGCUCAUGCCUCGGUUCGGAAAGGAGUUCAAAAUGUUUGACGCCAUCUUGCCCACCCUCAGCCUGGACAUCACAGACCUGCUGGACGACACUCUGAGACAGUGCAGUAUCUGUCAGGCUGUAGCUGAGUGGGAGUGUCUCCAGUGUUAUGAAGACCCAGAUAUCACUCCCGGUCAUCUCAAACAGUACUGCCAGACCUGCAACACACAGGUCCACAGUCACAGGAAGCGGGCGUCCCACAGCCCGGUGAAGAUUGCUGUCCCCGGGGGAUCGUGGACCGGCCCUUUGCAUUGCACCCGCCGACGAAUGUCUCUCUUUGCCGUAACGUGCAUUGAAACCAGCCAUUACGUGAGCUUCGUCAAGCACGGGCCCCUCCCCACCGACUGGCUGUUCUUUGACAGUAUGGCAGACCGGGAAGGUGGCGAGAACGGCUUCAACAUCCCCCGGGUGAAGGCGUGUCCAGAGGUGGGCCGCUACCUCAGCCUAUCAGAGGAUGAGUUGAGCAGGGUCGACUCCAUCUCCUUACGGGAAUCCGCCCGCCGCCUGCUGUGUGACUCAUACAUGUGUCUGUACCACAGCCCCGAGCUCAGCCUGUACAAGUGACACAACACACACACUGAUGUGAGCGUGGAACAAGAUGCUGUAAAACUGAUGCUAACUUAUUGUACUCAGGCUUAGUCUUAUCUUAACCGUCAAAUGACGUCCAAAUUAGUAACUUUUGAGUGAUGAUAAUCAGAGCCCUUGUUACUUUAUCCAGUAGAAUAUGAAAUGUUCAUUAACACAGAUUUUUUGUUUGGCCCUGUUCACACCAAAAUACAAGCGUUUGUGCCUCCAAUUUUCUGAAAAAUAAAUACCCUGAGUUUCCCCAACUCCAUUUCCUAAUCCAAACAAUAAUCAAUUUGUACAAUGUGACUUUGAAACAGGUACCAUUAAAGAAAAAAAAGAUUUUGUAAAGCAGGCGGGACAUUUUUUCAUCCAGAUGGUUAAAAGACUCUUUUAGAGAAUUCUGGUUAUACGUUCAUAACUGCAAAAGGCUUUUUAAAUAACAUUCUGGGUUUCAUAGAUUGCAGAGUAUUUAUUUUACAGCAAAUUGAAUGCAUGGCUUUUUCUAAAUCAGAUCUCAUUUGAGAUGCAUUUGAGACCUUUUCUGGACCCAGGUGUUCUGCAGUUUGACCUGGAUCUACUGUGGGUCAUAUCUCGUUAUACUAUCUCCUUGAAAAAAAGGAAGAACAGGGCCUCAGAACGUAAGCUAAAUGAGAUUAGCAGUAUUACCUAAUAUGUCUAAUGAACAAACAGCCUGUAGUAGAUGUGUACACUCAUGAACUUGAUAGUGAAUGAGUCUGAUGGGCGGCAGUAGUCUUCCCACCUGAGUUUACCUGUGUCUUAAUAAUGCUCACACUGUACAGAACCUCUGUGCCUGUAACAUAUAACACAUGUACACUUUACAAUUCAAUUUGCACUGCUUCAUUUACAUGUCAGUAUGUGUGUAUAUAAUAACAUUGCCUUCAGCUGACUGUAAAGAUUGCACACAGCUGUUUAAACAUUUUUUAUUGUUUCUAGUUUGUUAAAUAUAAUACAAACAAUGGGGAAAAUGUCCUUACUAAUAAAUGAUACUCUUCUA